AUGGCGGCGCCUCCGCCGCCCGCCGCGCCGGGCCCGGGGCCUCCCUCAGCGGCGGCGGCGGGGCCGGCGGCGGCGGCGGGGCCCGCGGCCGGGCCGGGGCCGCCCCCGGGGGCCGCGCAGGGCCCCGCGCUGCCCGCGCAGGCGGCGGCCGUGCAGGCGCAGGACUUCGAGCCCGUGCAGCGCUUCCGGCUGCUGCUGCCGCAGCUGAAGGAGAGCCUGCAGACCCUGAUGAAGGUGGCGGCUCAGAACCUGGUGCAGAACUCCAACAUCGACAACGGGCAGAAGAGCGCUGACGGGGCCCUGCAGCGCUUUGACAAGAGCCUGGAGGAGUUCUACGCCCUGUGCGAUCAGCUGGAGCUGUGCCUGCGCCUGGCCCACGAGUGCCUCUCGCAGAGCUUCGACAGCGCCAAGCACGCCCCGGCGCUGGUGCCGGCGGCGCCCAAGGGCGAGGGCGGCGCGGGCGGCGGCGAGAGCCUGCCCUACACCCAGUACCUGCCCCUGAUCAAGGCGCAGAUCGCCGGCGCCAAGGACAUCCACAACGCCCUGCUGGAGGGCACCAACAAGAUCACGGGCAGGCUGCCCCCGCCGGGGGGGCCCUGACGGCAUCGGGGGGUCUGAUGGGGUUUAGGGGAGAUCUGAUGGGGUUUGGGGGGGUCUGGCAGGGUUUGGGGGGAGUCUGAUGGUGCUUAGGGGGGUCCUGAUGGAAUCUGGGGGAGUUUGGGGGGGGCUCUGAUGGCAUUUGGAGAGUCCUGAUGGAGUUUUGGGGACUCCUGAUGGAAUUUAGGGGGGGUCCUGAUGGAAUUUAGGGGAUUCCUGAUUAAGUUUGGGGGCUCCUGAUGAAGUUUGGGGGUUCCUGAUGGAGUUUUGGGGGUUCCUGAUGGAAUUUGGGGAGCCGAGAUCCCCCGAGCAGCGCUGGGGGUCGGGGUUGGGCAGGUCUUGGGGGGCUCUGGGGGAUUUGGGGGAACCCCACCUGCCCCACCCCGUGCGAAGGGGAUAGUGCGGGAGGGGAGCGGGGCUGCUGCGUUUUGGGGUGAAACACUGGAAGUUUGGGGUGAAACAUUGGAAUUUUGGUAAAUAAACCCGCGUUUUGUGACAGCG